UCGCGACCGUCACAUCACUACCGGUUGCGCAGGUUUGAAAGCAGCUGAUUUUUCUGCGUAUUAAACUAGUUCACCGUGAAGUUUCCGCUAACAGUUGCCUACUUUUGUAACAACAUCUCAUUGACCGAUGGUCUGAAGACUUAUUGUUGUCGUUGUAACUUAAGUUAUGAUGAGUUUGUGACGGAUAAUUAACCAGAAAGCACCGCGAUAGAUCAGGAAGCUGGUUAUGAUCUCACCAGCUGACAGGUGGGAGUAGUAUAUGAAAGAGCUCUACAAUGUCGACAGAUAAGCAAAGAGGAAUCAGAGUUUCUCAGCAGGAGCUCCUCUGCAAGAACGCCUGUGGGUAUUAUGGAAACCCUGCGUGGCAAGGCUUCUGCUCCAAGUGCUGGAGAGAGAAAGCACGUUCAGCUGGAGCCUCGAGGCAAGACGCGAGGCCGAGCAAUGAUGGAACUCCUCUCACCUUCUCCAAAUUUGAGGAGAAGAAAAGCACAGAGAAGGGUCGUCGAAUUAAUACAAUGAGGAGACUCUUCUGGGGCAGCCCAUCGCCUCCUAAACGUCCAGAGUCUUCUGAAAGCCGCGCACAUGUGUUAAAAGCUUAUCAGAGCCUCGAGCCCGGGGACUUCACUGGUUUCCUGAAGAUACUAAAGAGCCCUUCCUCCCAGCGCUUGCAGUCCCGAUGUACAGCUUUCCUCAACACAAUGGAGGCAUACCAUGGUCUGCCGAUAGAGAAGCAGUCAGAUCAUGUGCAGGAUUUCUACCAGUCUUUUGCUGAAUAUUUUAGCAGUUUUCCUGAGGCUCAGGUCACUCAGAUAAUGGAGCAUAUAGAGAAGUUAAUAAUGACACGGUUGCACAAAUGGGUUUUCUGCCAUGACAGCUGUGAUGAUGAACAGAAGGACCUGGCUCUCCAGAGGAGGAUCCGCUCCUUAAACUGGAUCACUCCGCAGAUGCUGAGCGUACCUUUUCCUGAUAAAAAGACUGGAGUCACAGGCGACCCCUUUCUGCCUGCUAUAACAGCCAUAAUUGAAAUGGAUGCCAAAAGAGCGCCACAGGACAAACUUGCAUGCGUGUCCAAAUGCAGUCAGCAUGUCUUUGAAGCGCUCUCCACCUCGAACAGUGAGCCCGCUAAUGCUGAUGACUUCCUGUCAGGCUUGGUUUAUGUGGUACUGAAGGCCAAUCCACCUCGCUUGCACUCCAACAUGCAAUAUGUGAUUCGUUUUGGUCUCCCUCACAGUCUGAUGGCAGGAGAGAGCGGCUACUAUUUCACAAAUUUGUCUUGUGCUGUGGUCUUCAUCGAAAAGCUGGAUGGACCAGCACUCAACCUCAGUCCAGGGGAGUUUGAGGGCUACAUGCUGCGUCAGCGGGCUCCCUCUGCAGGAAAGAGGCAGCAGGUUUCCAGUGACACACAACAUCUGAUAGAAGAGCUAAAUGGCAGACAAGAGAAGCUGAACCAAGGGGUGGAUGCUCUCAACGUGCAGCUACAAAAUUGGGUCAAAGCUGUUCAUUCCCAACUGGAUGAGGCAACAGCCCAGUUUGCUCUGGUACAGAAGGAGAUAACUGCUCAGGCUGAGCUCUCACAGUCUUUGUCAUCCUCAUCUCUUGAUGCAUCACCGCAAGGGGACGACAAAGACGAGUCAGUGCUGGUGCUUGCGGAUCAACAUGCAGGUCCACAAGAUACAGACUGUUAGCUCUAUUAACAAAAACACCUAACCUGGUACUUGACUCUUUUUAAUCAUCAGCACUAAUUUAUGUAGGCUGCAAAAUAAACUGAUUUAUAUUCCAGCGCCAGACUUGGACACAUUCCAACCACAGAAAGCUUUUGAACAUGAAGGAAAACUUCUUGAAGGAAUCUUUUUUUGGUAUCAGAGAGCACACAGAGGUUUUUAAUGACUUUAAUAAAGAUUUGCACUUGUAUCCUAUUUGAGGAUGAAGACCAUUAGAAAUACAUUCCAAUUUAUUACCACAAAUGUGAUCAAAAUUCAUAUUUAAGCACUCAGGGUACACAGCACUUGGGGAUAUCACCUAACAUUUAAAGAGAGCUUAUAUAUUCACUUUUUUCUAAUAGUUUAUACCAAUGUGCCUCUAUGUAGACAGCUGUGAAAUAAAAAAAAAAAUGCUACACGAGUAAAUGUUAGAUGGCAGUUGUAGACCACUACAAGUCAGGGGGUGUUUUUAGUUAAACCAUGCUUUUCCAUUUGUGGAACUGUUCUCAACAUGCUGCCUUGAAGAUGAAAUAACUGGUGCAAAACACUUUGUAACACAUUUUGCCUUCUGCGUUAGUGUGCAGAAAGUAUGCGUUGUUUACAACUGUUAAAAGGUUACUGAAGAAAUUAUAGGGUUUUACGUUACGAUCAAUUAUUUUAUCCAAUAUUAUAUUAAAGUUGACUUAUAUGAUCUAAUAAUAUGUGUUUGGGGGUUUUGUGUUUGGUGGAUUUGAGCAGACCAUCAGCAGCAAUCAUUUGGUCUACAGUUCAUUAUUAGUUAUUUGCUUGUUUGCAAAGUCAUGUAUUAAAUUACUAGGUUAAAUCCAAUGCUUAACUGAUUUAGAUGUGUUUUGAAUAAUGAAAAUUGACUGUAAAGUAGGAAGUGGGAGGUUUUGUUGACUUAUAUAUAUAUAUAUAUAUAUAUCACAAAAAAAAACAUUAUUUAAAGGAAAAACACAAAUAUAAACUGAAAUAUGAUGACUUAAUACUGAAAAUGCUCUUCCACUAGUUAUAGCCAAUGACUUAUAUUUUUACAUGUUUGUAUGCCAUGCAGGAGCUAAAUACUUACUCUGAACAUACUAUAUAUUAAAAAGACCAUCUUGUAAAUGAAA